ACUCAAAACUUCCAUUCCUCCGUUUUAAAAUCCCCCUUUCAAAUCCUCUCCUCCGCACUCCUCCUCCUCCUCCGUCUCCGCCACCGCCCUCCGCCAUGCGCCGACCUCUCCCCCUCUCCGCCGUCUCCCUGGCGCUCCCUCUGCUCCUCAUCCUCCUCCUCCUCCCCUCCGCCGCCGACGCCCACAACAUCACCAAAAUCCUCGCCAAGCACCCCGAGUUCAGCACCUUCAACCACUACCUCUCCCUGACGCACCUCGCCGGCGAGAUCAACCGCCGCCUCACCAUCACCGUCCUCGCCCUCGACAACUCCGCCAUGUCCGCCCUCCUCGACAAGCACUUCUCCGUCGGCACCAUCAAAAACGUCCUCUCCCUCCACGUCCUCGUCGAUUACUACGGCGCCAAGAAGCUCCACCAGCUCUCCAAAGGCACCACGCUCUCCUCAACUCUGUUUCAGGCCACCGGCUCCGCCACCGGAACUUCCGGCUACGUCAAUAUCACCAAUCUCAAGGGAGGCAAGGUCGGAUUCGCCUCUGAAGAUAACGGCGGCGAUCUCAAUUCCUUUUAUGUCAAAUCGGUUAUGGAAUUGCCCUACAAUAUCUCCAUCUUGCAGAUCAGUAAGAUUAUUACUUCCGCCGACGCCGAGGCGCCGACGGCGGCGCCGCUCAGUCUAAAUCUGACGGAUAUCCUGCCGAAGCAAGGCUGCAAAGCCUUCUACGAUUUGCUGGUGGCGGCCGGCGCUGCCGAGACGUAUCAGUCGAACAUCGACGGCGGAUUGACGGUGUUUUGCCCUACCGACGCCGCACUCAACGCCUUCCUCCCGAAAUACAAGAAUCUGACGGCGGCGCACAAAUUGUCGCUGCUGUUGUACCACGGUAUACCGAUUUACCUGUCGCAGCAGAUGCUUAAGUCCAACAAUGGCGUCGUGAACACGCUCGCCACCGACGGCGGCGCCAAGUACGAUUUCACCAUCCAGACCGACGGCGAGGACGUCAAGGUGAAGACGAAGGUCGUGACGGCGAUGGUGACGGCGACGCUGAUCGAUUCGGAGCCGCUGGUGGUGUACGAGAUCGACAAGGUGUUGCAGCCACGAGAGCUGUUUAAGGCGGUGCCGAAUUCCGGGGAUGAGGAGGCGCCGGCGCCGAAGACCGCAGCGAAGAAGAAGUCCAAGGCGCCGUCGCCUUCGGCGUCGGACGGGGAGGAGGACGAGGCCGACUCGCCGAUCGGGUCCGACGAGUCCGACGGCGAGCCGGCGGAUCAGAAAUCGGAUAAAGAUGCGGCGUUCGGAUCGGACGGUCGGAGAUCGAUCGCGGUGAUGAUGUUGAGUUUGUGGUUGGGUGUUUUGCUCGUAUGAUUUUUAGGAUGGAAACGCCACGUGGCGCGAUACUAGAAGUCGUUUAUUCAUAGAGCAAAAUAAAAGUCCACCUGUAUUUGGCGAUUUUAUUUUUCUUUUCUGGGAUUUGUCGGUGAUGUUUUUUUUUUUAAAAUUUUUUCUUUAUGGUGUACAGUCUGUCAAAUUGGGUUGUAUUUGUAUGUGAUUUGGCUUAAUUUAUUUUUUCUAUCUUGAAAAAA